CUCCACUUUGCCAUAUCAUCAACUCAGAUUGAUGGGUAAAUAAGCUACAUAUAUGAAAUUAUUUAAAAACCCUUACCACGUCAUCAAUUUUGACGGUUUUUUGGAUGCCUUUAACGAUGGGGGUAAGGUAGAACACAAAAUCACAGUCAAUGAAUAGGUCAUUUUAACUUUGAGGGGGUAAAAGGGGGUAAAUUGAGAUUUGAUCAAAGAUUCAGGUACUACAGUAAAUAGGCCAAAAUUAAAUAAAAUAAAAAAGCCAUUCACUUUAACAGACUUCCCGGUAAACCCUAACAUUUCUCAUUCUCUCCUCCGUCUCGCUCUUUCACAGACUGAAUUCGACGAGAGCUCCAUCGCAUCCAAUCCCUCUUCAGUUUUAAGGAAGGUCCCCAAGGCCAGGGUUAAGUGGUAAGCUGUUGUUCAUAUUAGAGUUUGAGUGAGAUGAAGGCGGUUGUGGGGAUGGUAGUUUCCAAUAAGAUGCAGAAGUCGGUGGUGGUGGCGGUGGACAGGCUGUUCCAUCACAAGCUCUACAACCGGUAUGUGAAGAGGACCUCCAAGUUCAUGGCCCAUGACGAGCAGAAUCUGUGCAACAUCGGAGACCGAGUGCGGUUGGACCCAUCAAGGCCUUUGAGCAAGCGUAAGCAUUGGGUUGUGGCUGAAAUCCUCACCAAAGCACGCAUCUAUCAGCCUCCUUUACCAUCUGAUUCACCUUCAGUUUCACCUCAUUCUACUUCUUAAGGUGAAGCUUUUUGAAAGGCAUCCGAGAGAGUGACAAGACGUUAGAUUUAGCCACAGAAAAGUUUCCGUUUCUUGAAUAUUUUUCUUGUAUGGUUGAAUGUUUCUCUUAUAAUCCAAAGCCUAAAAUAGGAGUGAUUUGUACCUCCAAUUCUUUAGGAUGUGUAAUGCAAUUGAACGUUCAUGAAACUGUUGUUGCAAAGUUUUCAUAUAUGCGAUUUAAGCUUAAAGUGAUUGGAAAGCAUCAGUCUUUCUGAAACUAGAUGCCU